AAAAAAAAAAAAAAAAUCAACUUUUAAUAAUCAAACUUGUUUUUUUUUUCAAUCAUCAUCAUCAUCAUCAACAACAUCAUCAUCAUCUCUUCAUUAUUAAAUUCUUUAAUUCCCCCGGAAAUAAAAUAAAGCUGAAUUUUCUUUUAUUGUUUCAUGUCAUUAUCGACACUAUCAAAACCUUAUAGAGUCGAUUCUUGGUUUCAUAUGCAGCAGCAGCAUCAUCAUCAUGAUAUUUAUGAAAAGCAACAACAACAACAACAAGUAGCAGUGAGUCAAUAUGCGAGGUCUACUGCUAGUAGUCGUUCUCGACAGAAUAACGAGACAAAUGAUAGACAAAGAAGAAAGAGUACGACAACCCUCCUUGAUACUAACAAAAGAAAGGUAACCCCACACAACACAACUGAAGCAUCAUCUUCUUUAGUUCAGGGACAUCGUCGACAAACAUUAUCAGGUCUUACUCAUAACCCUCCACCAAGAGCAACGACAAUGGGUGUCAAUACAGGCUUAAUUAAACUAGCUGAUACCUUACGUGAUACUCUGGCUAUGGAAAGAAGAUUAGUUCAACAAGAAGGAUCAACCGUUUUACUUAAGGAGACGUACAUACUCAAAUGGAUCUGCUCUCUCUCCUUUACAAUCACAAAAUUUACAACGAAGAAGAAAUACAGCUAUCGAAGAAAUAGUAAUCUAAGAAGGAAGAGUGCUAGUACUGUAUCUUUAGCUUCUAAAAAUGGAAGGGAUUUUUCAUCUUCAAUAACAACCAGUGAAGAGGAAUCGAAUAAGUUAAAACGAAGAUCUAUCUUAGCUGCUGCUACUGCAAAGGCUCGUCAUCAGCAACAACAAUGUCCGGAUUUGGUAACCACUGCGGAUGAGGCAACGACGAGCGGAGAUGAGACUAGAAAGAAAUCAUUCAUUCGUCGAAGGAUGUCACGUACUGAGAAUUUAAAGGACGGUAUACCUACAUCGGCUGCUUCACCUUUAGUGACAAGAAGGAAAAGCAUUGUUCAACAACAGCAACAACAAAAAUCACCUAUAAGAAACAGCACUCCACUUAAACCUCGAAAGCGUGGUAAGACACUACCAGGUAAUUUAGCAAAACCACCUACUGUUCAAUCCUUACAAUUACCCCCUAUGAAAAUUGAGCCGAUCAAAUUGAGUAUUCCAACAACUAAAAUCACAAAUAAACAAACUUCGUUGACAAAUAGACGACGUAUGAGUACAGCCAGUGCGAAAACACAACAUAGACAAUUCAUAUCAUCAGAUACAUCUUCACCCUCUUCGCCUGCUUCAACAACAACACCUUCUUCUUCGUCUUCGUCAUCUUCUAUUUCUAUUUCUAUGUCUACCUCUAUUUCCUCUAAAAAGUCAAACUUACGUCAAACAAAAGCACAAAGUUAUCUAGACGUUACAGAUACAAAACGCCGUACCUCCUUUCAAAAGAUAAAUUCAAUAGCGUCACCUAAAAGACUAUCUCCAGUCAAAGCGAAUGGACGUCGUCCUAGUUUAUUAAGCGAUGCUUCCGUUAGAACAAUGACUACUGCUACUAAAAAAUUAUCUAUCUCUACUGCUAACAGUAGAAAGAAUUCAAUUAUUGCAACAGAGGACAAAAGCCGUCAUCGAGCUAUCACGAUGGUAGCGGAAUAUAGUAUGGAUACAGCAAGUGAGAUUGAUUAUGAUAACUCUAUAAGGAAGAAGAGUCCGACCUCUCAUCAUUCAACUAGUCUUAUCUGGGAUAAAGAGAUGACAUCUGUUCCAAAAUCACCUACAACUAUUAUCAAAUACUAUGGUCAUCAUUUAAGUCCCUAUGAACAAACAGAGAUUCAAAAAUUUCCAGAGGUUUACUUUGUAGGUCAUCUCUGUUCACACAAGCAUCAGGCCAUGCCUGAUCAUAAAGUGAAUAAUUAUGGCUACGAUGAUGAAAGUGGUGACUAUCGAUCGAUACGUCAUGAUCAUAUAGGAUAUCGAUAUGAGAUUUUAAGUGAACUUGGCAGAGGAUCAUUUGGACAGGUAGUUAAAUGCUAUGAUCAUAAGACAGGUCAACAAGUAGCUGUCAAAUUAAUUCGCAAUAAGAAGCGAUUUUAUGCGCAAGCGAAGACUGAAGUGAAGAUUUUAAGUGAUUUAGAUCCUGAAGAUAAAUAUCAUAAUAUUCGAAUGAUAGACAGUUUUUAUUUUAGAAAUCAUUUAUGUAUUGCUUGUGAAUGUCUAAGUAUGAAUCUUUAUGAAUUUAUUAAAGUCAAUAAUUUCCAAGGUUUCCAUACUACGUUGAUUAAAAGAUUUGUUAUCCAAAUACUUCGAUCCUUAACACUUUUAUCGAAAUACGGGGUCAUUCAUUGUGAUUUGAAACCAGAGAAUAUUCUGCUGAAACAUCCUACAAAGAGUACAAUCAAAGUUAUUGAUUUUGGUAGUAGUUGUUUGGAAAGUCAAAGAGUCUACACUUAUAUUCAAAGUAGAUUUUAUAGAUCUCCUGAAAUCAUUUUAGGUUUAGAUUAUACCACAGCCAUUGAUAUGUGGAGUUUAGGAUGUAUUAUGGCUGAGUUGUAUACGGGUAUUCCUAUCUUUCCUGGCGAAAAUGAACAGGAACAAUUACUAUGUAUUAUGGAAGUCCUGGGUUUACCAGAUGAAGAAUUGAUUGAAUUAAGUGAUCGAAAACAUUUAUUCUUUGGUACAAAAAAAAUGUUUAUAUGUUUUUUGAAUGCAUUAUUUAAAAAUUUUUUUUUUUUUUAGAUUGUCGUGGACAGCCUCGUGUUGUUUGUAAUUCAAAAGGCAAAAGACGUAAAGCAGGAGCCAAGAGUCUUUCGCAAGUUUUGAAAUGUAGUGAUAGUUUGUUUUUGGACUUUAUUCAACAAUGUUUACAAUGGAAUCCUGCGAAACGAUUGACUCCAGAAAAGGCCUUCCAACAUGAAUGGAUAUUGCAACAGAAUAAUUCUAAUAAAAGGCCUAAUGAAACUUCUUCUCCAACGUCUGCUACUACAGAAGCAUGUUAAUUCGUUUAUACCAUCAACAAUUAUAUUAAAAGAAAAAGAAAAAACGUGCAAUUUAUAUGUAUUACUUUCUCUAUCUUUUAAUGGUCUAAAAAUAAUAAAUAGUGUCACUUAUAUAUAUAUACCUAUCCUAAUUGUACAGCUUGUACUUACCUUCCUGCACUGUCA